AUCUUAUGCUAUUCCCUUCUACUUUCACAAGAAGAAAACAAACACAUCAUUUUGCACAAAGACAAUGGCGGCAUCCGACACCGGGAUCAAAGUCAUUGUCGUCGGUGCAGGCUUCGGCGGCCUAUCCGCUGCCAUAGAAUGCCACCGCCAAGGUCACAAGGUAGAGAUCUAUGAGUCUUUCCCAGAGCACAAGAUCCUGGGCGAUAUGAUAACGCUGGGUGCCAACGCUGGCCGGAUCAUCUACCGCUGGGACAACGGCCAGACGGUAAGGCAGCUCGCCAGGCUGAGCAUCAACGUUCGAGACUAUGGCUUCCGUAUCCACAAGUACGAUACUGGCGAGAUUGUCUUUAUCCAGAAGCACUCCCCCAUGGGUAAAGAAAAGGCGCCUGCGGACAAGGGGGCACCUGCACAGCCCAAGCUGCCGCCCAUCGGUGGCCACCGGGGAGAGCUGCACGCCGUCAUCUUCAGAUAUGCCAGAGACCAGCUUGGAAUUCCCAUCCAUCUGGGGCAGAACAUAACGGAGUAUGUGGAGGAUGGCGAUCAAGCUGGGAUUGUACUCAAGACUGGCGAAAAGAUCUUUGCCGAUGUGGUGAUCGGAGCUGAUGGCGUCCGCUCCAAAGCCAGAGAUAAGGUUCUCGGCUCAGCAGACAAGCCGGUCAGCAGCGGUUAUGCCAUCUGGCGAGCAUGGUUCCCGACGACUGACCUAGCCACUGACCCUCGAACCGAGGAAUUCUGCAAAGAAGACACCUUCAACGGUUGGUUUGGCCCUGACGUGCACUUCCUAUUCUGCACGAUCAAGGGCGGAAAAGAGUGUUGCUGGUUCCUCACCCACAAAGAUGAUUAUGAGAUCCAGGAUCAACAGUCAUGGUCCUCCCCAGGGAAUUUGGAAGACGUGUAUAAGGUCUUGGAAGGCUGGGACCCCUUGCUGAAGGCUAUUGUCGAGAAGACACCCGCUGGCCAUCUCAACGACUGGAAACUGGCCAACUGGCCUCCGCUAGCAACGUGGAUCGGCACACAAGGCCGGACUGCCCUGUUGGGUGACUCUGCACAUCCCUUCCUGCCCACAAGUGCCCAGGGCGCCGCCCAGGCGAUGGAAGAUGCUGUGACCCUGGCAUUCUGCUUGAAACAAGCAGGAAAGGAAAACGUCCCGGCGGCGCUCAGGACGUACCAAGACAUCCGAUAUGAACGUGUUAAGAAACUUCAGAAAAUGGGUGAGACAAACAAGGACAUAUGGCACAAGGUAGACUGGGGCAAGGUCAAGGAGAACCCUGGAAGCAUUGCGUUUCCUAGAGAAGACUGGAUCUACGAGUUUGAUGCAGAGAAGCAUGCACAGGAGGUCUUUGAUGAUGUCUUCAAACAGCACACUUCCAAUUGAAAGUCUGUAGAUCUAUAGAGACCGGGUGUUGAUUAGCUGUCAAUUUUUGAUUUGCGUAGAAACAAAGUAACCUGUCGAUUACUGCC